AUGGGGAAGCUUAUCACCGUUGCAAGCUGCUCUCUUAACCAGUCGGUCAUCUUCCCCCUGCGUGACUCACCAAGCUCUAACAAUCUCAGGUGGUCGCUCGACUUCGACGGCAAUACUGAACGCAUUCUUGAGAGUAUACGGCAAGCUAAGGCUGCCGGGGCAAAGCUUCGAGUCGGUCCGGAAUUGGAAGUUUGCGGCUAUGGCUGUGCCGACCACUAUCUUGAAGGCGACCUUUUCCUUCAUUGCUGGGAAUCGCUGGCGACCAUUAUCAGCAAUCCAGAUGUCAAUGACUGUAUCCUCGACAUUGGGAUGCCAGUGAGACACAACAAUGUUCGCUACAACUGUCGUGUCAUCGUGCUGAACAAGAAGAUUUUGCUCAUUCGACCUAAGAUGUCUUUGUGUGAGGAGGGGAACUACUUUGAGAGCCGAUGGUUCACUCCCUGGACCAGACAGCGCCAAAUCGAGGACUACCCUCUUGAAGAGGCCAUAAGUAGUAUCACUGGGCAGCGGACGGUGCCAUUUGGAGAUGCUGUGCUCACAACCAUCGACACUUCAGUUGCUUGCGAGACUUGUGAAGAGCUGUUUACUCCUGCCGCGCCCCAUGUCCCAAUGGGACUUAAUGGAGUGGAAAUAUUUACCAAUUCUUCCGGCAGUCACUAUGAGCUGCGUAAGCUUCAGACUCGUGUGUCUCUAAUACGAGAAGCGACAAGACAAAAUGGCGGCAUAUACGUGUAUAGCAAUCAGCGUGGCUGUUCAGGAGAUCGGCUAUACUACGAUGGUUGUGCCAUGAUUAUCGUCAACGGCAGACUUCUUGCUCAAGGAAGCCAGUUCAGUUUGAAUGACGUUGAGACGAUCACUGCUAAUGUUGAUAUUGAGGAUGUGAGAAGCUUUAGAGUGAGCCACAGCAGAAACUUGCAGGCUGCUCGAGCAGAUCCUUAUCCUCGCAUUCACGCCGACAUUCGCCUCAGCCAUCCCCCACUAGAAGAAACAGGAACCAUCAUUUCCCCCUCGCCCGAUAUUCCAGUUCACUAUCAUAGUGCCGCCGAAGAAAUCCAGUAUGCUCCAGCUAUAUGGAUGUGGGACUAUCUGAGAAGAUCUAGAACUGCCGGGUACUUCCUCGCUUUAAGCGGUGGUGUCGACUCAUGCAGCACAGCUGUCCUAGUAUAUUCUAUGUGCAGUCUCGUCUAUGAUGCCAUAACGUCGCCGAAAACUCUGCCACACACCCGUGAGCUCGUCCUAUCAGACUGUCGCAGAGUCUGCGCUCAAGAAGACGACUGGACUCCCUCCAGCCCUCAAGAAAUAUGCAGUUACAUUUUCCACACCACUUAUAUGGGCUCGAAGAACAGCUCUAGAGAGACUCGUUCUCGUGCUGCUGCUCUCGCUAAGGCUAUCGGAGCCUACCAUGUCGACUUGAGUAUCGAUACCGUCGUCUCCGCGCUCUCCACUCUCUUUACAACGGUUACCGGUUUCACUCCGUCUUUUACAUCAUCAAACGCCGCAGAAGGCCUUGCGUUGCAGAACAUUCAGGCCAGAAUACGGAUGGUUAUCGCAUACUUCUUCGCACAACUGCUCCCGAGUGUCCGCAAGCGAAAAGGUAACGGUGGUCUGCUGGUCCUCGGCUCCGCCAAUGUCGAUGAACAGCUCCGUGGCUACCUGACCAAAUAUGACUGCUCGUCGGCCGAUAUCAACCCGAUAGGCGGCAUCUCCAAAGUCGAUCUCCGCAUGUUCCUCGCGCAUGCCCGAGACAAGCUCGAGCUUCCACUUCUCCAGUCUUUCCUUGAUGCGACACCCACGGCUGAACUCAUUCCUACUACUAACGCGGACUCCCACACGCAAUCCGAUGAAGUUGAAAUGGGCAUGACAUAUGCAGAGCUCAGCGUCAUGGGGCGACUCCGGAAAGUUCAUCGCCUUGGUCCGUGGGGUGUGUUCGAGAAGUUACUACCUCUCUGGACCGCUCCACCCCCAGAUCCCGAGACCAUUGCUACUGAAGAUCACGGUGCUCACUCAGACCCACAGUACGUGCACAGCGUUGCGCAUGGUGAGAGCAUGAGCCCCCGUUCUGUUUACGAGAAAGUGCGCAAGUUCUUCUACUACUACGCCGUCAACCGGCAUAAACAGACGACGCUCACGCCAGGACUGCACAUGGAACAAUACAGUCCAGACGACCACAGGUAUGACAUGAGACCCUUUUUGUAUCCAGCCUUUACGGCGCAGUAUAGAAAGAUGGAAAGCGCAGUGCAGGCGCUGGAAGCGCGAGAGAAGACUCAUGGCGUGAACGGGGCCUGA